AUGUCGGUCGGAGCAGUGGCGGUGCUGCUGUGGUGGUUGAGCUGCUGCGGCUUGGCAGUGUGGAGAUAUGCCAUCAAUGGCUCGGACUAUUCCAUUCUUAGUACCAGGAAUUCUAUUGAGCUAGAGUUUGAAGGAACAUCUUUUUCAUCAUGGAGCAUACCAGAGAAUUGUAAAGUUCAAAAUCCAAACUCUCCCACAACACUAUUACAUUGUGCUACACCUGGCGUUCAUACCAUAAAACCAAAUGUCGGAGGCCAAACCCAGGAAGAGGAACGCUAUUUGAUUGUGGGUGACUCUCAUGUUUGCUUCUUGUGGUAUUUUAAAAUUAUGUUUUGGAAGUCCCUGCGGCCAGGCUGUGCUGCUGCUGCUGCUGCUGCUGCUGCUGGGCCUUCCACUCCUCCCGGGUGGGGCCGCCCAGCCAUGCCACCACUGCUCACCCUUCUGCUCCUCCCUGGCAGGGCCACCUGA